GUUUGCAAACACAUCCGUUAGACACAUAUAAUCAUAUCAAUUUAAUUUCUAGUAGUAGUGUGGUCGCUUAAUAAGUGGAAAGGAAUGUGCAGGCUACAUGAAUUUGUUUUCUUCAAAGUAUUGUGGAACAGGAGGUCCAGAAAGGGAGCAUAUCUCAAGGCCGAUGGGAACGCGAAAAACAACUCGUCUUUGUGGUCCAGACACCUGUGCUGAGCAAGGGAAAACCCAAACGAGGAGGAGAUGACCAUCGACCAUCGACCAAUCAGCACACAACCUUUUGCAUGUUUGAAUAUUCAUAUUGUGUUUCUUUAAAACUGGGCAACCCGGAAGACUGUGUCGUCUUUCUGGUCACGAAGCCACACGGGUUUUUGUGGUAAGGACCCAAGACCCAGGCGCCUGUAUUAGCUUGCUUUGUCACGAUUAAACAAUUGGUAAAUUCAGUCUGAUUGAUCUACUGGUCUUGUCUUUGACAGAACGAACUCGCAAAAUUGUUAGGUGCGCCAGUGUGUGGAUUAGAACAUAGCAAUUCUUGUGUUAAGUGUUGAUCACAAUUUGGAGUCAGAUCAAUAGCUAAAAUCCGUAUCCUAACACGCCGUACGACAUGGGUUUUUCGCUUUCCAAAUAAGGGGUCGUCACUAAUUAUUUGUGUUUAGAUAAAUGUCUGAGCUAUAAUGGUGUAAUUAAUGAUUAAAACUUGAAAGUAUCUGUUUAUUGUAUUCGUUUAUAUGUUUAAUAAAGACAAAGCCAUCACAAAACUGUUGUAAUUAUUUAGAUUUUGAUCUAAAUUAGCCUUGAAUAAAGACUAAGCAGUCACAUGAAUUAACAGAAAAAAAUGGACAGCCGGACUCGGACUCAUGGCCAAGAGGCCGGACUCGGACUCGGUGCAAAAAUCCGACCGAGUCCUCAGCCCUGCUGUGUACUCUCAUGUAGUUUGUAGUUCGCCACCAACCAACGAUCCACUAGUUCGGUGCGUUUGUAUUUCUAGACAGGACUUGUGUAGUCCACUGUACAGUCCCUCCAAGGACCCGCCCCUUCUCUGUUUUUCUCUGCCUGGUCUUGGUCAGGUGUCUGUGGUACAGCGACGCAAACGUUCCGUCUGGGAAACCGAUUCAGGUUCGUGUUGGGACAAACGCUGAGAAGGCCAUGCUCAGACGGAAUUUACAAAUGAUUCCUGGAAUAGGAGGCGGUCAGAAUGCAGAGUCGGAGCAGCCCACCACAGACGUUAGCCACGAGCAGACCUCUGAGGGCUUCAUCUGUCCUCAAUGCAUGAAGUCCCACAGCUCAGCAGAGGACUUGUCCAAGCAUUAUGAGCUGUUCCACGACACUGGAGACCUUCCUGCUCAUGUGGCCCCCACUAGGGAAGACCGAUCAAGGUUGCGACAAGAGGUCCAGGACCUUCAUACAUCGGUUAAGAAUGACGGACAGAUGAGCUCAGAGGAUUCAGUACUAGAAAUGAAGUUAAAGGGAUCUGAGACGGUGGCCCGGCUGGCCGCAGAGAUAGUAGAUAUAAAGUCCCGUUAUGACAAAGAGAAGAGUUUAAGGGAAGCUGCUGACCAGAAGACUGAGCUGCUUCAGCAAGAGAAUGAGAAACUCCAGACUGAACUGCAAGCCACAGAUGAGCAGGUGGCCACCCUGAGGCGCAAAGUUGACGACACGACGGCAGCCAUGCAGGAGCUGGGCCGAGAGAACCAGUCCCUCCGGGUUAGUGAGCCACAGAGCCUACCUUUUCAGAGAAGAGCUGCUUCAUAUUUGCUGCGUUUGGUUCUUACGAUUAAGCAGUCCCAGAGUCUUGCCAGGAAAUGGGCAGAGGAUCACGAGGUGCGGAACUGCAUGACGUGUCACAAAGGCUUCUCUGUCACUGUCAGGAAGCAUCACUGCAGACAGUGCGGAAAGAUUUUCUGCGCCGAGUGUUCGUCAAGGAAGGCCUUGAUGCCGUUCUCCACAAAACCCGUGCGGGUUUGCGAGACGUGUUUUGAGGAGCUGCAAGGCUGAGUCAACUCUCAAGGCAAAAACAUGGGAUUUCAUGAAUCGGUUCAUUUUUGUGCAGCUUUUGACACCUCUGAUGGCUGAUCAGUUACUGCAUGUUGCCUUUGUGUGGCAGCCCAUUUGUGUGUGCGUGCGCACGUUUAUCUGUUGACAUUGUUGUAUAUGAUGACCAAAGAAUGUGAGGAGAGGAAAAACUCAAGUUUCAUGUUUCAGUUAAAUCAUCUUGUCAAGUUCAGUUCUUAACACAGCACUGCACGCCGUGGCUGACAUUCUUUUAUCGUGCCACAUUUCUAUUGUGCGUGUUAAUGUCUUUAAAAGAGGUGGUGCUUGUUUUUUUUCAUGUUCUUUUGUUUGCGAGUGUGGGUUAAGUGUCAGGAUGCACAUUGCACGACCUGCAGACUUUAAUGCUCAAUUUAUGUCUCGCGCUUGUAAGAAUUGAAAUCUUUAUUUAAGUUAUGACUCCACUUGUCAAUCAUUCGUUAGUUCUUUUAAGCACUGAAGCAGGCUGCAAAAACGUAUUACAAAAAAUGUAUAUUUUGGCAUCACGCUCCAACUUAGAAUAUUUCACAACCGGUUCCUUUUUGUCUACCUCAAAUGGGUAGGGGAAGGGGAGCUUUAUGUCAACCUUCAAGACGUCAUGUCAUAUAGACUGCAGUACCUAAUCCUAUUCAUAGCUCCCUUUCUCAUUGUAGUGCUACUACAAGAGUCAGCAUUUCUGUCCCUGAAAGGAAACGUCAAAUUGAGCUGGUGCAGUAUUAGUAUUUUUUUUUAACCAAGCACCACCACAGACUUGUAGAUUAGACACUCUGUCAUUCUUUUCGUUCUUCCAGUCUGCUGUCAAACAUGUUAAGCAGCAAAACAAUGUCUCGUGGUAUGAAGGGUUUGAUUUGAUGGUUGUGGGUGAAGGUUUAUGCCUUCACGCACUGUUACCUUUGUUUAGGUGGGCCAACAUGUAUUAAAUAGUGAUAAGAAAUAUUUUGUAAUGCACACUCACUUGAAUCAGUUCAUUUUCUAAUUCCUGGCAAUGAAAAACGUAAAUAAAACAUUCAUAAUUCUG